AUGCAAGAAAUACCAGAAUUCAUUCUCCUAGAAGAAGAAAUACCAGAAUUCGUUCGCCUAGAAGGAGAGUCAUCACAAAAAAUGGGAGAAGGAUUUGAAGUGCUCUGCAUUUGCUUUCGGUUCCGCUCAUACUUUUCAGUAGCUCAGCGUGAAGAGAGGAAUGCUUUAUUAAAAAAGAUUUAUACUCCCUCUUUCUCAAAAUUAGAGAAGGGGACAAAAGGAUAUUUAGAUUUUGCUAAAUCUGGGAAGGUCUGGGAGAACCAUAUUUGCCCGUUCGAAUGGAACGAACAGGAUUAUG